CCUGCGUAAAGCAAACAGUCUUACACAAUUUCCUCCUCUCGUAUGUGCCCUGUUCAUGUACUGUGCUUGUAGUUGCAUUAACACAGCAACUGCGACAGCAUCAGCUUUUAUCGUCCAUGUGGGCACCCGACAGGAUGUUCAAUUGCAGGAAGAGCAGCAUGUGGACCCUGGCUCUUCAACUGGCUUCCAUGGGCAUGUAUGUUCAGGUUCUCACGUCUUGUAAAAUAUAUGGCCAUGUAGCUGCUUGUCACAGACAGAAUCACCGGUGGGUUCCCGCUCUGCCUCCAAACAUCACCUACCUCUACUUGGAGAGGAACAACAUCAGUGAGAUUAACAGCACGUCAUUCGAAAAUCUGGAGCAGCUGCUGGAAAUAGAUCUCGGGAAGCAGUUUGUGCCGCUCGUCAUUCGGAACAACACCUUUCUACGGCAGACUAAGUUGGUUCGCUUGGUUCUGGGUAGCAAUCUUGACCUUCAGCUGGAGCUGCGUGCAUUUGUAGGGCUGGUCAAUUUAAAACACCUCUUCAUUGACCAUUGUGGCUUGUCUGACUCCAUAAUGGCGGACAACUAUUUCGAACCACUCUUGUCUUUAGAAUUGCUUGAUCUUUUUGGAAACAAUAUACAAAGACUCAAACCUGGAUUUUUCUUUUUCAAACUGUUAAAGCUGACACAGGUGGACCUCAUGUUGAACAAGAUUGAACAACUAUGUGAAGAGGAUCUAGUUGGUUUCAGGGGGAAGUACUUCACACAUUUCAACUUAAACUCUAAUCACUUGUACAAAAUGGCCGAUAUCAAUUUUGAUUGGGAAAAAUGCGGAAACCCUUUUCGAGGAAUGGCCUUCAAUGUCCUUGACUUAUCUACCAGUGGGUUCAAUGUGAAAACAACUAAACUGUUCUUCAAAGCAAUACAGGGGACUCCCAUUUCUCACCUCAUAUUCUCCGGAUACUUGGGGAAAGGUUUCUCACAUGACAACCUACCAGAUCCAGACAGGCACACAUUUGAAGGUCUGGCAAACAGUACAAUAAGCAUUUUCGAUUUGUCUAACAAUCGAAUAUUUGCCUUACAGAGGGCUGUUUUUAGUCCUCUGACCAAUGCAAUAAUUAUUGACGUGUCGCAAAACAAAAUCAAUCAAAUUAACGACAACGCCUUCAGUGGUCUGCAGGGGAAUGUAAGAAUGGUAAACUUGUCAUUCAACAUUCUUGGAGAAUUAUAUUCUCACACAUUUAGCAGUCUGACUGAACUUCGGGUUUUGGACUUGUCUUUUAAUAACAUCGGUGUUUUGGGAGAUUACGUUUUUGAAGGUCUUCUCAAAUUAAGAGCGUUAUAUCUGACAGGAAAUUCCCUGCGGAAUUUAGGUUUUCCUGCAGUAUUACCAAACCUGGAAUUUCUCCUUCUGGGUGACAAUCGGUUGGUAGAUCUUUACAAUAUAGAUAAACUAGGCAUCAACUCUAUCCACGUGGAUGUGACAAACAACAGAUUAACAAACCUGGAGGAGGUUUAUCGCAUGUUAACCGCUUUCAAGCAUCUUCAGAAUUUCUUCUUUGGUGGUAAUUUCAUCAAGUGGUGUACACUCGGUCAAAAUGUAUCAGUGCCUCUUAAUCAUAGCCUACAAGUGCUGGAUCUUCAUGAUAGUUCCUUGCAGUUGGUUUGGGCUCAGGGGACAUGCCUUGAUGUGUUUAAUCAUCUGAACAAUCUUGUUGGUCUAAAUUUAAGCUUCAACUCUCUCGUGAGUCUCCCAAAAGGCAUUUUCGACGGUCUCAGCUCUAUCAUAGAGAUUGACCUCUCAUCUAAUGCCUUGACCUAUCUUCAGCCCGAUGUUUUUCCCAACAGCCUUAAAAAACUUGACCUUUCCAAUAACUUCUUGGCCUACCCGGAUCCUCGAACCUUUGAGUCCCUUCUCUUGCUCAGCCUAAUGGAAAAUCGUUUUUACUGUGACUGUAAUCUUGAGGGUUUCUUGAAGUGGAUGGAUGUGACAAAUGUAACCUUCUUUAGUCCGAUCGAGGAGUACCGAUGCGAGUUUCCGGCUGUUCACUACGAUCUUCCGCUGCUGAACUACUCCCAGAUUGUUGAGCCAUGUGAGGUAGAUGAUGAGUUGGCUGUCCAAGAGCUAAAGUUUGCGCUGUUCAUCGUCUCUGCCCUCCUUGUCCUCAUUGUCAUCCAGUGUGGAAUUGCCUACGCCCGUCUCCGUGGGCGCAUCUACAUUAUCUACAAAAAAGUUGUCGGUAGGGUUCUUGAAGGUCCCAAAACACUGCCUCCUUUGGAGGACGUCCAGUACGAUGCCUACCUCUGCUUCAACAACACUGACUACAGGUGGGUGGAGGCGGCUUUACUAAAGAAGCUGGACAACAAGUUUUCGGAAGAAAACAUCCUGCGCUGUUGUUUCGAGGCCAGAGACUUCCUGCCUGGCGAGGACCACCUCUCCAACAUCAGAGAUGCCAUCUGGAGCAGUAGGAAGACUGUGUGCGUUGUCUCCAAGGAAUUCCUCAAAGAUGGCUGGUGCUUGGAGGCAUUCACUUUGGCUCAGGGCCGCAUGCUGAGCGAGCUCAAAAAUGUUCUGAUUAUGCUGGUGGUUGGGAAGGUGGCCCACUACCAGUUGAUGAAGUACAAUGCAGUCAGAGCGUUCGUCCAGAGGAGAGAGUACCUGAUCUGGCCAGAGGACCCUCAGGACCUGGAGUGGUUUUACGAGCACCUUGUUUCGCAAAUCCUCAAAGACACUGCAGUGAAGAAGAUAGCAGACGUUCAGCCUCAGAACGACAUUCAACUUGAGAACAUUGAAGCACGCUAGUGAACUCUGAAACCAGGAAGAAGGAAAAGUCCUCCCAGGGAAAUGACUGUGAGACUUGUAGAGUUAAAAUAUUACAGAAGUCAAUCAUUUGUAGACUUUAUAGACUAUAAUUUGAGCUGGUUUUCUUCCUCUGUGGACCACAUUGGAUGUCUGUAAGUUUCAGUGCUUUUCACUACAAGAAAAUAUAAUUUAAUACUACAAUAUAACAAAACCGCACAAUAUUCACUUUAUCUUAUACGAUUAAAAACCCAAGAGUUUUGGCUGGAGGCAGGCCAUACUACAAAUUAUUUACAAAAGUAAACAGGGUCACGGUUGCCGAUAACGAUCAUAACAAUAUAAACAACGCAACAAUAUGAACAACAUAACAAAACAAACCCACAUAUUUGUAAAAAUAAACAAAGGUGAACUGACAGAUAUCGAUCUAUAGACACAGAAUUUGGAUCGAUUCACCUGCCUCGAUACAACCCAAACAUAUGGACGCCUUGCCACACAAAGAUGAUUUGCCAUCAUUUAAAAGUGAUAUGUCUAUAUUAUGUAUAUUAUAUAUAUAUAUUUAAAAUUCUAUAAAUCUUUGUAAUUACAUCCAUCCAUCUUCUAUGCUGCGUAUCCUCACUAGGGUCGUGGGUAUGCUGGAGCCUAUCCCAGCUGACUUCGGGCAAGAGGCGGGGUACACCCUCGACUGGUCGCCAGUCAAUCGCAGGGCACAUAUAGACAAUCAACCAUUCAUCCUCACAUUCAUACCUAUGGACAAUUUAGAGUCGCCAAUUAACCUAUGAUUCAUGUUUUUGGAAGGUGGGCGGAAACCCGAGUACCCGGAGAAAACCCACGCAAACUCCACACAGAGAUGCCCAACAGAGAUUCAAACCCAGUUCUUCCCAAUCUCCUGACUUUGUGGCCAACACGCUAAGCACGAGGCCACCAUGCGUCCUUUUUUUAAUCUUGUA